AUGAGUAUGUUGUCCUCUGGAAAGUUAAUUUUGUUGGCAACCGUCGUGUAUUUGUCUUAUACAUAUUUCCUAUACGUAACUAAUCGCAAAAAACUCAUGGUUAAUUCGACUCUGGUUGUACUUUGGUUCUUGUUAUUCCUUGGCUCGUAUUCAGUUUUUUCAAUUUCUAAGGGGAUCGUUCAAUUCAAUAACUCUCCCGACGCCUACAAUGAACUCCAGGAGGAGCUCAAGGAGGCUGAAGUUGACUUGAAGAGGCUUGGCUUCUCCUUUAGCGAAUUUGACAUUAAGUUAACGAGGCACAGUUUUGUCAAAUAA